UUCAGCCUGUCUUCACUUUCCAAUGUGAGAAAGCGAAGUCCAUAAAAAGGCAGACACAGCAGACAUUCCAUUCCAUGUCAAACUUGAAAGUACAGAACAGUGAGCUCUGUUUGAAGACAAAAAAAAUCAAAAAAAGAAAUCAGAACAAAAAGGUACUUGGUGUACGAAGUUCUAGGGUUUUCCAUUAGAAAGGGAGAGUGGGAAAUGAAUCAAAUAUACAAAGUUUAAAGUUAGGGUUUCAGAGAGAGAGAGAGAGAGAGAGAGAGAAUGGAGCGUCUUCGUCCAAGACACAGAGAGGUUCACAUUGGCUUUACAAAGGCCGAGACUCAGAAAAUGGAGAGAUUGCUAAGGGAAUUAGGAGAACAAGUGCUGGAGCGACAAUUUUGUCAAAAUAUUGCAAAAUGUUUUAAUCGCUCCGCAGGUCGUGCUGGGAAACCGAUUGUGAAAUGGACCGAGGUGCAAAGUUGGUUGCAGAAUAGAGCGCAAGAGUUGCCAAACGUGUCCAAAAAUAUCUCUGAGCAACAGGGAAUUCGCCCUUCGAAUAAGGCACUUGGAAGUUCUGAAAUACCUAAAGAAGAAAAGACCGGAAACAUAUCAGAGUUGGAAUUUGAGGCAAGGUCAUCAAAAGAUGGGGCAUGGUAUGAUGUCGAGUCGUUCCUUGCUCACAGGUCUCUUAGUUCGGGGGAAACUGAAGUUCGUGUCAGAUUUGUUGGAUUUGGAGCCGAAGAAGAUGAGUGGGUCAAUGUAAAAAGAGCAGUGCGAGAACGCUCUGUACCACUGGAGCAUUCAGAAUGUCAAAAUUUGAAGGUUGGAGACCUUGUCCUCUGCUUCCAGGAGAGGAGAGAUCAAGCAAUCUACUAUGAUGCUCAUAUUAUUGAAAUCCAAAGGAAAAUGCACGAUAUAAGGGGAUGCAGGUGUCUUUUCUCAAUUCGAUAUAAUCAUGACAACAUCGAGGAAAGAGUUCGAUUGAGAAGAUUGUGUCGAAGGCCAACACAUUAGAGGUUCCAUGCACUGUCGUAAUGGUUUUUCACUAAAGCCAGCUCAGUUUUGUCAAAUUUUUGUCCUCGAGCUGUGUGAGGGCAUGAACUGGCACGAGUAGAUGUCAAUCUUUGCAAGGGAACUAAUUAGUGUUGAGUACUACUGGCGAGUUGAUGUGCGUUAGUCUUAUGUGGUUGUGAGUUUGAUGGAUCACUCCAACCCUUUAAUGAGAAUUGUGAUAUUUGUCGGUGUA